AUGGGCGGCUGGUUCAUGGUGCACAACAUCCCGCCCGGCUCACUGAUCUCACUGGCUGCUCUUGGCAACCUGGGACAUUCUAGCGAGAAAGCGCCCCCUAACCCACCCAACACAAAUUUUUUAAAAGCCAUUUCUAAACUCCCCGCCCACACGCCAGCCGCAGCUCCCGCACGCAGCUCACACACGCACAAUGGAAGCGACAUCCGCCGGGACCGGCAACAGCACACUGCCUUCCGGGACAUCGUCCACUCCUCCCCCAGCCAGGAUUGGGUUUUUUUUGUCUUCUCAGUGUUUGUUGCAGUAAACGCCAUCAACGUACAGACGGCGACAAGAGUGGUUGAAGCUCCCAGAGGGAAAAGCGCCAAUUUGCAAUGCUCCUACCAGACCACAGCGACGGAUACAGCCGGAGCGAACGCCAUAUGGUACAGGCAGCCGGAUCAGGUUGAAGUCUUAUCAACAUUUUUUGGAGUCAGUGUCAAUCACAGCGAUGCGGCUUACGAAGGCCGGGUGUCCUUCACUGGAAAUGUCUACGGGAGUGACGCCUCUAUUUUCAUCGACAAACUGACCAUGGAAGACAACGGCACCUACCGCUGUGAGAUCAACAUUCCCAAAGAUCGCACCGGGACCCGCGACGCCAAAGUGGAUCUUGUCGUUUUAGUGACCCCAUCAAAACCGGACUGUGCCAUUGUUGGGACUGCGGAAUACGGUGAGGUCAUCCAGCUGACCUGUGCAUCCAAGGAGGGAUCUCCUGUCCCCACGUAUACCUGGAAGAGCUACAGCCCACAAAAUGUACCUCGGCCCAUACCAGCAACUGCAGUCACAGAAGGAGGAAGUUUGACCCUUAAGAACAUCUCUAUGGAGAGCUCGGGAUUCUUUAUUUGUACAUCUGAAAAUCGAAUUGGAAAUGAUUUCUGCAAUCUCACACUAGCAGUAAUGCCACCGUCCAUGAACAUUGCACUCUACGCCGGUGUGAUUGGUGGAUGUCUGGCUGCUAUCAUAGUCAUCGGUGUCCUCGUUUACUGCUGUUGCUGCCGGGAUAAAGAGGAUAAGGAAGAUUAUGAAAUGGCUGACCGAGAAGAAGAGGAGGAGGAGGCUGAUCACCCCCCACAGAAGGCCCAAGUAAAAGUACCGCAACAACAGCAAAACUACCAGGACGAGGACAACGAGGAUGAAAAUGACCUAGAGGACCAUGACCAUGACCAGCGUAGACCACCCAUGCCACCGGCUAAUAAACCCAGAUUGGUAGUGGAUGCCUAA